GCGUGUAACCGAGUAACCGGAAGUUGCACAAGCACACACUGUGAGAAACGACAGCGUUGAUUGGCUGUUUAAGACAAGACCAGUUUACAAACAUAAAUAAAUAUAUUUAUCCCCAGAUAAACUAGUUCAGUUAAGUGAAACAUCAAGAUCGUUAUUUUCUGAUAAUAUAUAAUAAACCAGGAUUUUCCUUAAAAUCAAUUGUGUUAAUUAAACUCUAUAAUUGAUAUAUCGCGGGUAUUUUCGGUACUUGGAGUUCUUGAACAAUUUCAUAUCAUAUAUCCAAACGCCGAGCACUGUGCAAGAUCGGCCAUCUUUGUCACAUGUUCAAUUUUCCAUCUCAUGUGACCUGUUGUUUGGCCCCGUGAUCAAGCUUGUUUUAUUUCCAGGCAAAUUCAAACAUCUGCCAAAUCGUCCACAUGGAUAUGCUAGAUCAGGCCUUAGAGGCCAGCCAUGAUGACACCAAAGAUUCCACUGGUUCUGAUGAUGUACAGCUAACUGGAGAUGGAGAGGAAGGGAUUGGAACAGUACAGAAUGUAGCACCAUCUCAAAUCACCUUAGAUCCCAAUCUUCAGUAUCAGUUCAGAACUGAUACAGGUCAGGUAACCUAUAGAGUGGUCCAGGUAACAGGUGAUGGUACCGAGUCUGCUCAGGUGGUUGCCACCAAUGCCUUCCAACCAGGUGCUCAAGCAGUUAUCCAAAGUCCAUUUAGCAAUGGCGGCAGUCCUACCCCAGACACUCAAGGCACCGAAACAAGGUUCACUUAUUUUCCAACAACAGUUGUAACAAAUGCAGACCAGGUCACAUCACAAGGCGAUGUCACUGCCACCAAUGCUGCACUGGGCCAAGUCACAGCAACAGGGGGUGCUUGGGCAGGCGAUACAGCAAUCCAGCAAGGUCAGUUCUACGUGAUGAUGUCCCCUCAAGAGGUUCUACAGGGUCAGAGAAACAUUGCCCCACGGACAGGGUUUUCCCCCAAAGUGGAGGGGGUCAGAACCGGAAGGGAUGACAGGCGAAGAGCUACACACAAUGAAGUGGAAAGAAGACGAAGAGACAAGAUAAAUAACUGGAUUGUACAGCUGUCUAAAGUCAUCCCCGACUGUUCACAGGAACACACCAAACAGGGACAGGUAAAAAGUAAAGGAGGAAUUUUAUCAAAAGCAUGUGAUUAUAUAACUGAGCUGAAGACUGCAAAUAUGAGAAUGAGUGAUUCUUUGAAGGAAACGGAGAGACUUUCUGUUGAUUUGGAAUUAUUACGACAACAGUGUGAGGAGUUAAAGAGUGAGAAUUCGAUUCUGCGAGCUCAGCUUCAAUCACACGGUCUCAUGCCAGACAUUCCCGGCUCCAACUCCUAACUAGUGCUUCUCUAACGUUUUCUGGAAUAGGAUCUUACAUUUCUUUAUUGUUCUCGCUCUUCACAGAAUCCAGUCAUGCAUUAGACAGUUCAAAUUUAUAACUAGUCUUAAUCUAGCAUUUAAGCUAGACUUAUUUAACACGCAUGCAGUCUGUAUUAUUUUUGUCACCGAGUAUGAAAAGAACCAUUUUUUAAUGAUUUCAAAGAAAUCUUACAAAUGAAGUGGUUUUGCUCUCAGAUUACAUUCUAUAUUUACAUCCACAGAAAAAUUACCUGUAGUAGUCAGUCUGCCCGUCAAUUCCAAUAUUUAUCUGUAUCCAGUGGCACUCUUAAGUAUCCACAGGAACUACCGCACAUCUACAGCUGAAUUGUUCUCUCUGUGAGGUGACCAAGUCGUGAUAUUUUCGUCAUGUAUACAAUUACUUAUCAACUCCAUGCCCUUAAGGUAUUCCAUGUAUAAUGAAAGGAUAAUGAACAAUUUUGAAGGAUUUAGAUCAACAUAAAUGUUUAUUGUUAAAUAAUGAUGAAAGUGAAGCAAAUGAAAUUCACAUGAAUGGUAAAUGAUUAGAAGCUGACCUUUUUGAACUUAAAACUUUUUGGAAGAGUUGUCUGUCCUUUGUAAAAAUAAGAAAAAUAUAAUUUUCUGAUAAUGUGUGUGGUCGAUGAUUAAUUUUAUUUCAUAUUUUCACUAAGAGAAAGUGUUUGUAACUUUCUACCAAGAGACUUGUAUGAAAAUAUAAUUUCUUUUUAAAAUAUUGUAAUAAAACAUGCUUUCCCCAUAUACUUCAAUGUUAAAUUCUAGAUGAAAUAAAUCAAGCAGUAAACAAAAUUUUGAAAAUUCCUAUGGUGGAUUAUUUUCAUUUGAUGAACCUUUCAAAAUUAUACCAUGAUUACAAAAAUUCCACCAUCCAUUUAUUAGAUAUGAAAUAUGGCCAUUAUACAUUGAAUACCUUAAGUACGUGUAGGGCCGCAAAUGUGUAAAACUGGAUAUUGUUGAUGAAAGCAAGCCAGUCUGAAAAUUGUAUAACCAUGGUACUCAUUCUAAAGAAUUGGAGUUCAGAUUUUGUACAAUGUACUCAUUUUGAAGAAGUCAUUAGUACUGAUUUUGACCAUUUUGUACAAUGUACUGAUUCUAAGACUCGUGUACUUUAUAAUUAGCAUACGGGGAGUAUGCUUAAACCACAUCAGCAAUUAUAAUCAGAGAAUCAUCUCCUUAUGCCAUGUGUGUUUGUCAUAACUUCGUUCUGGUGACAUGUUUGAUAUCAUACAUAUUUGUGUUAAUGCCAGGUAUUUUCAAGUUGUUAUUGUACCACUGUCUUUGUGGAAUUCCUUUAUAACUAUAUCAGUGCUAUAUGUACCGGUACAUUAGGGUUUGGGGGAUACUGUCAAUGCUCUACGGAGAAGAAUGCAUGUUGGGGGUAAAAUCAUUACAACCAAGUUUUUGCGUCAUCAACCUAUGUAAAAUGUUAACAUCAUGUUAUGCUCCUGUCUUUUGAUUCUGUAAACUUUCACAGCUGCACAAUGGAAGAUAAGAAUUUGAGAUUUGACCUUGACAAUCAGUAACAUGCCAGCUAUUGGGGUUAUGAACACAGUUAAUUUUCCUGUAAAUGUAUUGACAUCUUUUCAUGUGCUGAAAAUUUGUUAAGUUAUUUGUUGUUUUUUACCAAGCAUUUUUUUUUUGCUGUGAAAAUCAAGAAGUGGUUUCUUAAAGUGAAAGAUUCACUUUAUGAUAUUGUCUCUGCUCGCACGACGUUGCUUCUGAAUAUUGAUGUCCUGAUUAAUUGAAAUUAUAUUUUUGUGCUUCUUUCUUUUCUUUACACAUGUGCAAUGUGAAACAGAAAGAAGUGUCUUGUGUAAGUUCUAUGAUAGAGUCAGAUGUUAAAUGUUUUAAUUAUAUGAGUGACUUGUGUACAAUGCAAUAUUUAAUGCACAUCGCAAUUGAUGCAUGUUGAUGUGUAUGAAAUAGAUCUAAGAUUUAUUUGCCAUAUUUUGUUUUGAUACUUUCAGUAAAGAGUAAAAUUGAAUUGUACUUUCUUAUUAUAGAAAUAUUGAUCAGAAAGUCAUCUUAUGUUGGCGAUGUACUUUCUCAAACAAUAAAUCACCCCACCCACCCAAACCCCUCACCCCUGUCAGAUUCUGGUUUGGGGGGGGGGGGGGUGCAGUCUCUAUAGAAUUUACACAUUUAAUAUUAUAUUCUUUUACAAAAUUGAACAACACCCACAGACUGUCAUCACACAAAUCAAUCACUUUGAGAAGGUUCAUGUUGUCAACUAUGGUUCAGUAUUUUGAAUGUGUAAGUCACAAAUGUUGUGAUACAUUGAUUUUUUAUUAUUAUUAUGUUUAAUGCAUCUCUGCUUGCCUGGGCUGGCUAUCAGCUUCUCUUCUCUGAAACUGUUAAUCAUGCUGUAUAAAUAUUAAAAAAGUGUCUUAUACUAAUUGAAAUUAUGGAGGCCUGAUACACAAACUGAAAAUAAUUUUGUUUUGUCUGUUAAUUAACCCUUUUCUUACAUACCAUGAAAAUGCAACUAAUUUGAAAAUGGGUAUCCAUGCUUUAGGGGUAUUUUUUGUGAGAGAGAAAUAUCUUUUCUUAUCCCCCGCAACUAAAGUUAAAAGAAUCAGCAUGCCUGUGGACAUGAAUUUGUUCGUACAUAUUCCAAGAGACUAGCAUACGUAGAUUGUUCUGAAAAUUUGUAUGUGUACUCUUUUGAUAUCCACCAUAGAAAAAAGUACACUUUAUUAUUGCAUCAUGAUCUCAUACAGAGGCUACUGCGUAAGUUUAGGAGAGGGUAAACUGACAUGAUGUCUGUUUAUCUGCCUGUAGACAUAAUUUUAUCCAGACAUAUUCUCGACUUCUGAAAUUUCUACACUAUUGCAUCAUGAUUAUUGAUAGAUAUUGAAAUCAAACAAAUUUCUUGGAACUUGUAUUCAAGUGAAACAUGAAUACUGUUGAAACAUUCAUCUUUCUGGUCUUCAGCUGUACAACAUUUCAAGUAUGCUCCAAUAUGGACGAUUCCGUGGAGCUAUUGGUCCCAUUCAGUCAGGUCUAGUUAAAUUCCGAUUUCUCAAUUAAGAUGGAUUACUACACCGAAAUUUUAUUUGAUGGCAUGUUAAAAGUACCUCAUGUGAAGUAUUUCACCAUCAAAAGAGUGAUACAAGCUCUCAAUUAUUUAAUAGAAUUUUUUGGGUAUAUUUUUCAGAAUAAUGAAAAUAAACAAGAUUUUAAAAUCCACCUUAAAAGGAUUUGGAAUAGGGUCAAAGGUUCCAACAGCAUUCAAACACAGUACGGCAAGAUUAGCAUAUAAUAAUUAUUCUUCACCAUCAAUCCACAUCACUAUGGGGGAUUUAAAUAUAAUAAUCAUUCCUUACCAUCAAUCCACAUCACUAUGAGGUCAUUCCUCGCCAUCAAUACACAUCACUACCAGGGAUUUAACUAAUUGGAAGAAAACUUUUUUUCCCCAGUGUAUCAAGCGCCAUUAUUCAGUACAUAUUGAGUAUAAUGUCCACGAUUUGUCAGAUUUGUUUGUUAAAGCUUUGUGCUCUCUGAAGAGUUUGUAAGAAAAGCAACAGUUCCAUCAAACUGUAAAUUUUUUGUAAGAAAAUGAUCUAGAUAUAUGCAGCCAGUUAUGAUUGAAAAUGGCAUGUUUCAAUUAAAAAUCAAAUAUGCAUCUCAUUGUAACGGAAUAGUGUCUGACAUAGACGGGAUUUGUUUUGUACUUUUGUCACUGUAUUGUUAUUGUGUUUAUGUACAAUGAAUAAUUUAAGAAACUUUUUAAAAAAUAAAACAUUUUAAAUGAU